AUGAACCUUCUGUCGAUAUUACUGGACAACACCCCUCCGCCUCUGAUGGUGUCGUUGGCGCUGGCGCCAGCGGGCCACGAGGCCCCAAUCGAAGGAUCCGCCAAACAGAUGCCGCCUUCGUUGAAUGUCACCCUCCAUACUUCCCGCAACGGCUCUCUGGUGAAAAAUGCCAAUGGGCGUCUGUUGCACGAUCUCCCUUACGCAUCUGCCUCCAUGGAUAAGGACUACCUUGCCCGAUUUGAGGCCAACAUCAACGCCAUCAACACGCUAGACGAAGCCUUGGUCAGCACAUCGAAGGAGGUGACGUUGCAGCACGAGAAACACCACUUGCAUACGCUUCUAAAAGCUACGGGCGAUACCGCCAACAACUACGCCAACAGACUCACCACUGAGGCGCUUCUUUGUGACAGCAAAACGCCUCCGGCUCCCUCGUCUCUGUGGGGGUCUACACGCUACACUGCUCCUCAGGACGCUGUGGAGGCUCGAAGAGCUGCUCUUGAAGAGAACGCCAGGCGGUUUCUGAGUGUGGUGACUCCUGAGCCUGAGUUGAAAGAACCCGCCAAGGCCAAGACGAGCCGAAAGCGUAGCGGUGAGGAGAUAGCAUCAGAGAAAAAACGCAAGACGGAGGAUCUGGUCGAUAAGGGUUCUCGAGCCCGUGAUGCGAAGGAGAAUGGUCGCAUCAAGAUCAAGCAGUCGCUCAAGGAGGUCAACCCCGAUGGCAAGGCAGCUUCAAAUGGCCCAGACGACGAGAAGGGCUCUCCGCAGAAAGCGAAGGAGCUCAAGUCUGUCACCAAGCAAUAUGACAACACUUUUGUUGCCAUCUGGAAAGACCUCUCGAGAAAAGACGGUCCCAAGGUGCUGCGUCUUAUGCAACAGUCCAAUCAAGCCAAACUCAUCAAUCUCAGGAAGACUGCCAUCUUGGCUGCCAGAGAAGCCAAACGUUGGCAGCUCAAGAACAAUAAGAACCAGAAGGACUUGACGUCGAAGGCCAGACGAGCCAUGAGAGAAAUGUUCAACUUCUGGAAACGCACUGACCGUCUAGAGCGUGACCGUCGGAAAAAGGAGGAGAAAGAGUUGAUCGAUAAGGCCAAACGUGAGGAAGAAGAGCGUGAGGCUAAGAGACAGUCACGUAAGUUGGAUUUCUUGAUCACACAGACAGAGUUGUACUCGCACUUCAUUGGCAAGAAGAUCAAGACCGACGAAAUAGAGGGCACCGAUGCCGAUCCCAACCUACAAAACGAUGAAAGAAAAAGAGACUGGGACAAAUACCAUGGUGUCAAGGGCGAAUCACACGACUUCCGUCAGCUUGACUUUGAUCAAGAUGAUGAAGACGCCUUACAUAGAGCUGCUGCUGCCAACGCGCAAAGUGCUUUGGACGUGGCCAAGUCUCGUGCUCAGGCUUUCAAUGACGACGAGUUCCGUAAUCCCGACACUAAUGGCGAGGAGAUGAACUUCCAGAACCCAACGUUGAUCGGUGACAUGAGUAUCACGCAGCCAGAGAUGUUGAAGUGUACCUUGAAGGAAUAUCAAGUCAAGGGUCUUAAUUGGUUGGCGAACUUGUACGAGCAAGGUAUCAACGGUAUUCUUGCCGAUGAAAUGGGUCUUGGAAAGACUGUUCAGAGUAUUUCAGUCCUUGCGUAUCUCGCUGAAACACAUAACAUCUGGGGUCCCUACCUUGUGGUGACCCCUGCUUCCACAUUGCAUAAUUGGCAACAAGAAAUUACCAAGUUCGUGCCAGGUUUUAAGGUUUUGCCGUACUGGGGAAAUGCUAAAGAUCGUAAAAUAUUGAGAAAGUUCUGGGACAGAAAGAGCUUACGUUAUGAUAAGGACGCACCAUUCCAUGUUCUUGUCACAUCCUAUCAGUUGGUUGUUGCUGAUGCUCCAUACUUCCAGAAAAUGAAAUGGCAGUACAUGAUCUUGGAUGAGGCACAAGCUAUCAAAUCGUCGCUGUCUUCAAGAUGGAAGUCUUUGUUGAGCUUUUCUUGUCGUAACCGUUUGCUUUUGACAGGAACUCCAAUUCAGAAUUCCAUGCAAGAGCUCUGGGCCCUUUUACAUUUUAUCAUGCCCUCAUUAUUUGACUCUCACGAUGAAUUCAGUGACUGGUUCUCGAAGGAUAUCGAAAGUCAUGCUCAAUCAAACACACAACUCAAUGAACAACAGCUCAAACGUUUGCAUGUCAUCCUAAAGCCGUUCAUGUUGAGACGUGUAAAGAAGAAUGUUCAGAGUGAGUUGGGUGACAAGGUCGAGAUAGAUUUAUUCUGCGACUUAACUAACCGUCAGCAAAAGUACUACCAGAUGUUGAAAUCACAAAUUUCCAUUAUGGAUUUGCUUGACGCUUCUAACAACACCGAUGAAAGUACACAAUCAUUAAUGAACUUGGUUAUGCAGUUCAGAAAGGUCUGCAACCACCCAGAUCUUUUCGAGAGAGCCGAUGUUAGGUCGAGUUUCUCCUUUGGCUCAUUUGCGGAGACAUCAUCUUUCCUUCGUGAGACCGACUUGGAGUUAGCUUACACCACUCGAAACCUGAUACAAUAUGGCUUGCCAAAACUCGUGUAUCAUGACUUGUUGGUACCUAACGAGAACAGCAACAAAGGCUCUAAAGAGAAAAUUUAUGACAUGUUCAGCAUCUACAAGCCAGAUAAUGUGAUUGAUGAUGAGUUGGACAACUUCGGCUUCUUGAAGUUCGUCAAUACGUCUCCUCAGGAACUAUAUCAGCUUUCGAAAGCUGAUUUGCUAAGGAGAGCGAUUGCAUUGAAAGACUACAGCGGCGCCUUCUUGGAGAAGGUCAACAGGUUGACAUACGCUUAUGAUGAUGAUGACUUUAUACCCCAAAGCAAGAGGUUACUCAUUCGUGAGCAAAACGAAAAAUUAUGUGACAUUAACAACUCCGUGCACUUAAAGAAGCUAUACUCAAUUAGGGAUAUUGUGUACGAGGAUAUGUACAUCAAUGUUCUUCCUCCAGCAGCUGAACCCAAUGUUGCCGCGACUCCAAUCGAGAUGGAUUGCAGCAACAUGUCUUUCAAUCAUAUGAAGCAAGAUAUCUUGUUCGACCAGUCAAUUCGCUCCAGCCUUGCACCAAUGACCUUGAAUGAGGAAUAUGACCUCAUGAAGAGAAAGAUCCCCGUGCCGGAGUAUCCAAAGUCCAACAUGUUACCUGAGCCCGUCAACAAAUUUAUCGACUAUUCCAACAUCCGUAUGCCUUCUAUGAACAGGUUUAUAACGGAGUCGGGUAAAUUGUCGAUGCUAGACAAAUUGCUUGACAACCUCAAGAAUAAUGAUCACAGAGUAUUGAUAUAUUUCCAAAUGACUAAAAUGAUGGAUCUCAUGGAGGAAUACUUGACCUUCAGACAGCAUAAAUAUAUCAGACUCGAUGGCUCUUCGAAGUUGGAAGAUAGAAGAGACUUGGUGCAUGAUUGGCAAACGAAGCCAGAAAUUUUUGUCUUCUUGCUCUCUACAAGAGCUGGUGGUUUGGGAAUUAAUUUGACUGCAGCUGAUACUGUCGUCUUUUACGAUUCCGACUGGAACCCUACCAUCGAUUCCCAAGCCAUGGACAGAGCCCAUAGACUUGGUCAAACAAAACAAGUGACAGUUUAUAGACUUUUGACCAAGGGCACAAUAGAAGAGAGGAUGAGAGAUCGCGCUAAACAGAAGGAACAAGUGCAGCAGGUGGUGAUGGAAGGAAAGGCCUCAUUCGGCAAGAAGAAGGAGGAUGCUGCUACCAAGAAAAAAGAUGUUGCCUUCCUCCUUUUGGGUGGUGAAGAGAACCCUGCCGAAACAAACACUCCUUCUGACGGAACCAGUACGAAUACAGGUGACUCUACUCCUUCUGUGGAACCUAUGAGUAAGACCCUUGAAGCAAUGUAUCAUGAGGGCGAAGGACAGUUCUCUGGUACAAUUACUCCUAUGUCAUGA